AGCGGGGCCAAUCAGAGGCUCUCGGGGGCGGGGCGCGAGCUGUCAGGCUGAGAGGACUUUCUCCACGUCUGGCAGAUGAGGCUGAGCCGUCCGGAGGAGAGAGAGAGUUUUGCUGAGGAUUCUGGGUAUGAUUUUGCCCUCUGCUCUGCCCCUGUGACCCCGGUUUCUUCUCACCCCCAUGAUGGGCUGAGGCAGCGCCCAAUCGUCUGGAGAGUCUCCCGGACAGGAGAAUGACCCACAGAGCCAGUCCACUCAAAGCCUAUGACUUCCUCCUGAAGUUCCUAUUGGUCGGGGACAGCGAUGUCGGCAAAGGGGAGAUCCUGGCCAGUCUGCAGGACGGGUCCACAGAGUCGCCCUACGGCUACAACAUGGGAAUUGACUACAAGACGACGACUAUCCUGCUGGACGGGCGACGGAUAAAGCUGCAGCUCUGGGACACUUCAGGACAAGGAAGAUUUUGCACUAUUUUCCGUUCUUAUUCCAGAGGAGCUCAGGGCGUGAUUCUGGUUUAUGACAUCACCAACCGCUGGUCGUUCGAUGGGAUCGAUCGGUGGAUAAAGGAGAUCGAUGAGCAUGCCCCAGGGGUGCCCAAGAUCCUGGUGGGAAACCGGCUGCACUUGGCGUUCAAGCGUCAGGUGUCUACGGACCAGGCGCAGAAUUACGCCGAGCGUUUGGGGAUGACGUUCUUCGAGGUCAGUCCGCUCUGCAACUUCAACAUCACCGAGUCCUUCACCGAGCUGGCGCGGAUCGUCCUCAUGCGACACGGGAUGGACCGCCUCUGGAGGCCGAACAAGGUCCUGAGCCUGCAAGACCUCUGCUGCCGAGCCAUCGUCUCCUGCACCCCCGUCCACCUGGUGGACAAACUCCCCCUCCCAGUUGCCUUACGAAGCCACCUGAAGUCCUUCUCCAUGGCCAACGGACUGAACGCCAGAAUGAUGCACGGCCGAUCGUAUUCGCUCACCGCCAACAACCUGAACAAGAGGAACAGCCUGAAAAAAGCCAAGAUCAUCCGUCCCCCUCAGAGCCCCCCCAAAAACUGCACCAGGAACAGCUGUAAGAUCUCCUAGGCUGAGGGGCCCCUGAGAACCCCUCCCCCCCCCCCCACCCUAUGUGCUGAAGUUUGUCCCCCUGAGCCACCACCACGCUCCCCCAUGGAGACAGAUGCGCGUGCCGCGGAGGUGACGCCCCCCAGGGAGGUGAUGCCCCCUACAGAGGUUGCACCCCCACGGAGGUGACGCCCCCUACAAUGGUAACAUCCCCUUGGAGGUGACGCCCCCUACAAUGGUAACACCCCCUUGGAGGUGAUGCCCCCUACAGAGGUUGCGUCCCCACGGAGGUGACACCCCCUACAAUGGUUACACCCCCUUGGAGGUGACGCCCCCUACAAUGGUUACACCCCCUUGGAGGUGACGCCCCCACGUCCCUCUCAUCCACUUUUCAUGUACAGAAGUGAGGAGGUUGCGACUAUUUCUGAAUUUUGCUGCUUGUGAAGGAGAUUCGUUUUUGUUUUUUGACCGAUCCUUUUUUCUCGUCAGUCUGCAUGACCCCCUCUGAUCGAUAUUCUCCUCUUCUUUUUUUAUUUGUGUGCGAAAAGGGAACAAAAAAAAAAAUCCGUCCAGCGACCUGCGCUUGUCACUUUGUCAGUACUUGCGAUGCCGUUUGCCGUGUGAUUGGUGCUCCCUUUCUGGAAGGUAAGUCGGCUCCGCCCCCCCCACGAAGCGUGCGCCGCGCACACAACAACAAUGGCCGACCACAGCAACCAUAUGAAAUCUACAUCCCCCUCCCCCCGCCUCUUUAUUGGACA